UAGGUCGAAUUUGCUGCUGGGCUAAAUAAUUUUGUAUUGAGAUUUCAGAAUUCAGAGCACCCAAAGAAACUGUUCCUGUUUUCAUUGUUCAUUGCUCUGCCAAUCCUCUUAGUCGACACUCGACUCGACAGAAUCGAGACUGUAAUUUGCGGUUAUCUCCAUCAUCUCUGUUGCCGGAAAAGUUGUUAUUCUCAGGUUAGAUGAAUCGUCGUCUUACCUUUUUCUGUCACUCCAUACUUAUAAACACUUCAAAACCCACACGAAAAUUAGUUUCCAUAAACCCUAGAACAAAUGGGUUCUCGUUAUUUAGAGCAUUUAUGUACACUUCAACACAAUACAACAACAACAACAACAACAAUUAUAGGAGAGUUAAUACCAAUACAGACCCAAAUGAUCCUUCCACCCUCAUGAAAGAAGAUGGCGUGUCAGUUUGUUCGGAAUUAUGGAUUGAGAGUUUUAGAAACCCUAAUCAAACAAUCACUAAUCUGACUAACUACUUAAGGAGAUUUGAGCUAUGGGUUCUAGCUUAUCAAAAAGUUUGUGCCGACGAAAUGGGUGCUUACAUGCCUAGAAGUUCAGUACAAAGAUCAGCACUCGAAGAUCUUCUAGCACUCAGAAAUGCUGUUCUUGAUAACAGAUUCAGAUGGGGUGCUAGGUUAGAGUUUUUCAUCAAAUCCCCAAAAGAUAAAACCGAAUAUGAAUCAUUAUCCAAACGAAAAAUUAGGGCUAUUUUAACUACUACACAACCAAGCCCAUUUCAAGAUAGGGUUGUUCAAGAGGUCUUGUUCAUGAUCUUGGAGCCUGUUUUUGAAGCUCGAUUUUCAGAAAAAUCUUACGCAUUUAGACCUGGAAGAACUGCACAUACUGCAUUGAGGGUUAUUAGGAGGAGUUUUGCAGGGUAUUUAUGGUAUAUAAAGGGAGAUUUGAGUACAAUUUUAGAUGGGUUAAAAGUUGGGAUGGUGAUAAGUGCUUUAAUGAGGGAUGUCAGAGAUAAAAUGGUGAUUGAUUUGAUAAAAUCCGCCAUGACUACACCAGUAAUCACAAGCCCACCUGUAGAAAAGAAAAAAACAAAAAGAAAGUAUCAAAAAAAGAAAGUCUUAGCAGAAGACGAACCCAAACCCGACCCAUAUUGGUUAGAAUCUUUUUUCGGGUUUGCCCCUGAAGAAGCUGAAAAGAUUCCAACUUGGGGGCAUUGUGGUAUUUUAAGCCCACUUUUAGCUAACAUUUGUUUAGACGAAUUAGAUCGAUGGAUGGAGGGAAAAAUUCAAGAAUUUUAUCGCCCUUCAAAAAGUGAUGUCAUAUGGAAUAGCCCUGAAGGUGAAGUUGACCAAGGUAACACAUCAUGGCCCGAAUUUGUCCCCACUAGUGGGCCCGAUAAGACCCGAAAAAUCGAUUACAUUCGUUUUGGUGGCCAUUUCUUGAUAGGAGUUAGGGGCCCACGAGCCGAUGCAGCCAUUUUAAGAAAACAAUUAAUCGAAUUCUGUGAUCAGAAAUACAUGUUAAAGCUCGAUAACGAAAGUCUCCCGAUUGAACAUAUAACAAAAGGGAUAAUGUUUCUUGAUCAUGUUUUAUGUAGAAGAGUCGUAUACCCCACUUUAAGAUACACUGCAACAGGUGGAAAAAUCAUAAGUGAAAAAGGAGUUGGGACUUUGUUAUCAGUCACAGCAAGUUUAAAACAAUGUAUUAAACAAUUCAGAAAAUUAGGGUUUUUAAAAGGGGACAGAGAUCCGGACCCACAGCCAUGUUUUAGAAUGUUUCAUGCUACACAAGCGCAUACAAAUGCACAAAUGAAUAAACUUUUGUCUACAAUGGUGGAAUGGUAUAGAUUUGCUGAUAAUCGAAAAAAGAUUGUGAAUUUUUGUUCUUAUAUAAUUCGAGGGUCUCUUGCGAAACUUUAUGCAGCAAAAUAUAAACUUCGUUCACGUGCAAAAGUUUAUAAAAUUGGUGAUAGGACACUUAGGCGUCCAUUAAAGGAGAAAAAAGGGCAAUCACCGGAAUAUAAUAAUUUAUUAAGAAUGGGGCUUGCUGAAAGUAUUGAAGGGUUGCAGUAUACGCGAAUGUCUUUGGUGCCUGAAACUGAUUAUAGUCCUUUUCCUGUUGGAUGGAAGCCUGAUCAUGAAAAGGCGUUGAUUGAAUAUAUAAAGUUGGAUGAUCCGAAAACUUUGGAACAAAAUCGUACGAGUUUGAUAGAAGAAGGGCUUAUUUCGCCACAAGAUUAUAUUUCUAUGCUUGUUUGGAAUUAUAAGCGAAGUGCUGGUAUUAACUCGGAGUUGUUGGUGGGGUCGGGUGUUGAGAAAAGAGUAGAAGAAGAUGAGGAAGAAAAUGAAGAGAGUGAAGAACAGUUGCAUGUUAGGAAUAUGUGAGAGAGAGGUAUGUGAUUUACUUGGAGAAAAAGAUUGCUAUAAGGGGAAAGAAGUGGGGACUAAUGUAUUCAGUCUUCAUGAGUUGAAGAUGAUGAUGUUAAACUUAAACCAUUGGUUUCGUGGGGCAUGAUGGUUUUAUUGCAAUGGUUUUGUGGGGCCCGUGUAUUGUUGACUUUAGAAAGUCAACAAGGCUGAGAGUGCCUUGACCCUGAUGAUGCAAAUGAGCCUAUGCUUGAAGUGGGAGGUGGUGUUGGUCUGGAAGUGAUCAUGAAUCCUCAGCAUGGGGAUUAUGUAACAGUUUUUAGAAUGUUUUGAAGAUUGGGUAAACAAAGCUUUCGGCAUCUGUAUCAGGAAAAUGAAUUAAAUUGUUUAUAUUAGUUUUGAUUUCUAAACCCUAGAAAGACUAGAAGUCAAUCGUUUGGUCCCUAA